AGAAAUAUAAGAAUAUUUUUGAAAUCGGAGUGUUUAUUCUAUAUUCCUUAAAGUUUGUAAAUAUUCUGAGCACGUUUUUUGCUUGAUUUUAAUGAAAUAUUGUGUUAAUUUACAUCUAAUAAGGUGUUUUUUUUUCCGAAAAUAAAACUGAAAAUCAUUAUUACUUAUCGUAGGUACUUGAUAAGCAAAUUCGGUUAUAUCUAGUGCCAUCCGCGUGUUAUGAUAAGUGUUAGUGAUUAAACACACAUACGUAUAUAAAAGCAGUAGCAGCAACUAAGUUUUCACAUGUCCGAGUGAAAAAAUGGGCAGUGAUCGAUAGCAAGUGGAACCUAAAGCACGCAUAAUGGAAGAGACAAUAAUUGUUCAGACAACUCUGGGUCCCGUAAAGGGUAUCAAGAAGAUCUCAGCUUUAAACAACGAGUAUUUUAGUUUUCAGGCAAUACCAUAUGCCAAGCCGCCAGUUGGUGAUUUAAGAUUUCGAGACCCAAAACCAGCAGAACCUUGGAAGGAUGUUCUGAAUGCCACUCAACAAGGUCCAUGUUGUCCAGCAAAGAAUAACAUGCUCAAUGUGAUUCAUGGAGAGGAAGAUUGUCUCCAUAUCAACGUCUUCACGAAAAGUUUGAAUCCGAAUAAGCUGGUUCCUGUAAUGAUUUAUAUCCAUGGAGGUGCUUUUAUGAGAGGAUCCAGUGGAAUUGAGAUGUACGGACCGGACUUCCUGUUGCAGAGAGACAUUGUUCUUUUCACUUUUAAUUACCGUCUUGGCGCUUUCGGAUUCUUAAGUUUGGAUGAUCGAUCACUCGAAAUUCCUGGUAACGCUGGUCUCAAGGAUCAAUCCAUGGCUAUUAGGUGGUGCAAAGCAAAUGCCGCUUUCUUUGGUGGUGAUCCACAAAAUAUAACCCUUUUCGGAGAAAGCGCGGGGGGUUGUUCUGUUCACUAUCACAUGAUAUCAAAUCAGUCUCGUGAACUCUUCCAUAAAGCCAUCGUUCAGUCUGGGACUGCCUUGAAUAGCUGGUCAGUUGUGCCGGAGAGAAGUUGGGCUAAACGCCUUGCCAUCACAUUGGGAUGGUCCGGAAAUGGUGAUAAUAGGGACAUGAUAGAGUUUUUAAGGAAAGCAGACCCUAAGAGCAUUGUAAAAGCUCAAGAGGGUUUAGUAACCAUUCAGGAACGUAAGGAAAAAAUAUUAUUUCCUUUCGGACCAGUGAUUGAACCCUACGUCAUCAGUGGUUGCUUCAUCCCGCGAGAUCCUCUCGAAAUGUGCCGAGAAGCUUGGAGUCAAUCAAUUCCUGUCAUCAUCGGUGGUGUUUCAGAGGAAGGACUAUUCAGUUACAGGGAAGCUAUAGAUUAUCCAGAUACAGUCAACCAACUAAGAUGUGAAAAUCUUGUACCCCUUGACUUGAACUUAGAUCCAAAGGAUGAAAAAUCAUUAACGAUUGCCAAUAAUAUAAAGAAAUUCUACUUUGGCGAACAAGAACCGUCAAUGGAAACUUUAAAUGAAUAUAUUAUGCUCAUGACGGAUAAACUUUUCUGGCAUGGAAUACACCGGACAAUUCUAUCUCGACUCAGUUUACCCGAAAGUGGACCCACCUUCUACUAUCGCUUUAACUUUGAUUCCCCAACUUUUAACCAUUAUCGUGUGCUUAUGUGUGGAAAAACAGUCCGUGGAGUCUGUCAUGCAGACGAUUUAUCUUAUAUCUUUAAAAAUGCAAUUUCCAAGGAAGUUCCCGAAGCUACAAGCGCAGAAUUUAAAACUAUUCAACGAAUGGUAAAUAUGUGGGUUAACUUCGCCACAAACAGUGACCCGAACUGUGAAGAGAUUAAGCCUGCCAUUUGGCAUCCGCUUUCUCAAGAUACUACUAAACCUUUCCAGUGUCUCAACAUAGCAGAAGAAGUGAAGGAGACUGCAUUGCCAGAGUGGCAAAGAAUGAAGUUUUGGGAUACAAUGUAUUCCAGAAAUCAACUCUAUUGACUCGAUAAAUAAAAGAUGACGCUAAAACUUUAAAA